AUGGUCCCGAGCACACUUACCAACAGGGUCCAGCCCAUAGACGAAGACUCCCCGGUGGACCCGCAGACACAUCAUUUCCCAACAGAUCCCUCUGAGCUGGUGAUGGUAGCUAGCCACGGCCGCACUCCCAGCAGCGCCACAACCAUCCGCCCUCCCACCGCCGCGUCUUCUCAGCUCAAUCCGUUUGCGACCCCAGCGACCAGGAGUCGCUCCUCAAGUCUGGCUACUGCAAUUGGUGCGCCGCCCGUCGAUGUGGGCGCAGCAUUGAGACCUGACCCAGGCACCGAGGCCGACUUCAAGGUUGAAAACAACCCAUUUGCCUUCAGUCCCGGGCAGCUCGGCAAACUUCUUAACCCCAAGUCCCUCGAUGCAUUCCGGGCUCUCGGCGGUCUGAAGGGUAUUGAGAGGGGACUGCAGACGGACGUGAAGACAGGGCUGAGCGUUGAUGAGAUUUCGGCACCCUACAGAAUCUCAUUCGAGCAUGCGGUGAACCCCUGGGUCAAGAGCUUCGAGAAGCAUGCCAACACGGCCGCUCCCGCCGGGUCGGGCCGCUUUGUCGACCGUGCCAGGGUCUUCGGCAAGAAUGUGCUACCAUCCAAGAAGGCCACUCCAUUAUACAAGCUCAUGUGGAGUGCAUACAAGGAGAAGGUGCUCAUCGUUCUCAGCAUCGCCGCCGCCAUCUCGUUAGCUCUAGGCCUGUAUGAGACGUUUGGUUCUGAGCAUCCUCCAGGGUCACCACUGCCUGUGGACUGGGUGGAAGGAGUCGCCAUUGUAGUUGCGGUUGUCAUCGUCGUCGUGGUCGGCGGGCUUAUGGACUGGCAGAAGGAACGCGCCUUUGUCCGACUGAACAAGAAAAAGGACGAUCGUGAGAUCAAGGUCAUUCGCUCCGGCCGGGCUCAAGUCAUCAACGUGGAAGAGCUUCUUGUCGGUGACGUUAUACAGCUGGAGCCUGGUGAUGUGAUACCAGUUGAUGGUAUCUUCAUAUCUGGGCACGAUGUCAAGUGCGAUGAGUCAACAGCCACGGGCGAGUCGGACGCGCUCAAGAAGACUGGCGGCGAGCAGGUUAUGCGCAUGCUUGAGUCGGGCACCAAGGUCAAAGAUCUCGACCCCUUCAUCAUCUCUGGCGCCCGUGUGCUUGAGGGUGUUGGGAGCUAUGUUUGCACGUCUGUGGGCGUACACUCAAGCUUUGGCAAGAUCAUGAUGAGCAUUCGAACCGAGGUCGAGCCUACACCGCUUCAGGUCAAGCUUGGUGGUCUGGCCAUCAACAUCUCCAAAUGGGCAGUCAGCUCUGCGUCUUUCCUCUUUUUCGUUCUCUUGUUCCGCUUUCUUGGCAACCUCGCCAAUGACCCUCGCUCGCCAGCAGAAAAGGCGUCCUUUUUUCUGGACAUGUUUAUCGUUGCAAUCACCGUCAUUGUCGUUGCCGUGCCUGAAGGUCUGCCACUGGCCGUUACUCUUGCACUCGCAUUCGCCACCAAGCGCCUAUUGAAAGAAAACAAUCUUGUCCGAGUCCUGAGAUCCUGCGAGACCAUGGGUAAUGCCACCACCAUUUGUUCCGACAAGACAGGUACGUUGACUACGAACAAGAUGACCGUUGUGGCUGGCACCUUUGGCUCGACCAAAUUCGACAGGGCUUCGGAAAACCCAUCCGCCUCUUCAGUCAGCGUCACCCAGUGGUCCUCGGCGCUUUCACAAGCCGCCAAGGAUGCCAUAGUCCAGUCUGUUGCUAUCAACUCGACGGCGUUCGAGGGAGAGGAGCAUGGUCAAUUUGCCUUCAUCGGGUCCAAAACGGAGACGGCCCUCCUUCAGCUUGCUCGUGACCACCUCGGCAUGUCGUCGGUCGCCGAGGUCCGGGCCAACGAGUCGAUCGUUCAGAUAAUGCCAUUCGACUCAUCCAAGAAAUGCAUGGCUGCGGUGAUUGGGCUUCGCGGUGGCCAAGGGUACCGCCUGCUCGUCAAGGGUGCCUCAGAGAUCCUGCUCAGCUACUGCAACCAAAAGGCUGAAGUCGUCACCGCUGAAUCGGCUACCAGCCUGGGCAUCAAUGACCUGAGCCCUUCGGAUAACAUGGCCAUCCGCGCUACAAUCGAAUCAUAUGCUCGACAGUCUCUUCGCACCAUUGGCCUCGUGUACCGCGAUUACCCUUCGUGGCCGCCGCCAGAGAUUCACGCGGAUGAAGAAGGCCAUGUCAAGCUUUCUGACAUUCUUCGAAAUCUCGUGUUCCUCGGUGUGGUUGGAAUCCAAGAUCCUGUUCGCCCGGGAGUACCCAAGGCAGUGGCCAAGGCCAAAAUGGCUGGCGUCAUGGUGCGCAUGGUUACUGGUGAUAAUGCCGUUACGGCUCAGGCCAUCGCCACCGAAUGCGGAAUUUACACUGGCUCGGACGGAGGGGUUAUCAUGGAGGGUCCUGUCUUCCGCACGCUGGGCGAUGCAGAGAUGAUGGCCAUCGUCCCUCGCCUGCAAGUCCUUGCUCGUUCCUCCCCCGAGGACAAACGCAUCCUCGUCCGCAAACUCAAAGCUCUUGGCGAGACUGUUGCCGUCACCGGAGAUGGCACCAACGACGCGCCUGCACUUAAGGCCGCAGACGUCGGGUUUUCAAUGGGCAUUUCGGGCACCGAAGUCGCCAAAGAAGCGUCCCAAAUCAUUCUUAUGGACGAUAACUUUAGCUCAAUCAUCGUUGCCCUUAAAUGGGGUCGAGCCGUCAACGAUUCAGUGCAGAAGUUUCUGCAGUUUCAGAUAACGGUUUCCAUUACGGCUGUCAUCCUCGCUUUUGUUUCUGCAGUCAGUCACCCUGAAAUGAAGUCGGUUCUCACAGCCGUUCAGCUCCUGUGGGUCAAUCUUUUCAUGGACACCUUCGCCGGCAUUGUCCUGGCCACGGAUCCACCGACCGACCGGAUCCUAGAUCGUCCCCCGCAGGGCAAGUCGGCACCUCUCAUCACGCUCAACAUGUGGAAGAUGAUUAUUGGGCAGUCCAUUUUCCAGGUUGCGCUGACGGUGAUUCUGUACUUUGCUGGAGGCAAAAUCUUUGGCUACGACAUGUCGGACCCUAACCGCAUCGACCAGCUUGCGACCAUGGUUUUCAACACGUUUGUUUGGAUGCAGAUCUUCAACGAGUUCAACUGCCGUCGACUCGACAAUGACUUCAACAUCCUCGAGGGACUACAGCGGAAUCCAUUCUUCAUUACCAUCAACACCUUCAUGGCCGGCUGUCAGGUCGCCAUCGUCUUUGUAGGCGGCAAAGUGUUCUCGGUCGUUCCCAUCGACGGCGUUCAGUGGGCUGUCUGCAUCAUCUUGCCUAUGCUCUCUAUCCCCUGGGCCAUGGUGGUUCGCUGCUUCCCGGAUGAGACAUUUGGCCGGAUAGUUGCCAUCGUGACGAGGCCAUUUGUCAAGGCCUACGAGGUCUGCGCACGAGCCUUUGCUCCUAUGACGAAGCUAUUUGCCAAGAAGGGAAAGGGGAGCAAUGGGAGUGGUAGCGAGUCAGAGAAGGUGUAA